CUCUGUCUGUACUCUCUGACUCUCUGUACACAUGGACUACUCUAACUAAUAACUAUACAUCAGCUUCUGUUCUGAUGAUCUGACACGCUCUUGCGACGAUUGUAGUCAUUUUUUUAAAGUUGCACUAGUCUGAGGUUCCAUAUUAUAAAUAUUCAUUGAAAUAUGGUUGUUUCGAUAGGUUUUGAAGGUAGUGCAAAUAAAUUGGGUAUUGGAAUAAUUCAAGAUGGAAUUGUUUUAGCAAAUCCCAGGAGAACAUUUAUUACACCACCUGGAGAAGGUUUUAAACCUGUUGAUACUGCAAUUCAUCAUCAGUCAAAUAUUGUCCUCUUACUGAAAGAAGCUUUGGAUGAAGCUAAGAUUCAUCCAGAAGAAAUUGAUGUGGUGUGUUACACCAAAGGACCUGGCUUAGGAGCUCCUUUGGUGUCUGUAGCUGUGUUUGCAAGAACAAUUUCACAAUUAUGGAGAAAGCCAAUUAUUGGUGUCAAUCAUUGCAUCGGGCACAUAGAAAUGGCAAGAUUAAUCACAAGCGCAAAAAAUCCUAUUGUUCUCUAUGUUAGUGGAGGGAAUACUCAAAUUAUUGCAUACUCCCAGAAACGUUAUAGAAUAUUUGGGGAAACAAUAGACAUUGCAGUUGGGAAUUGCUUGGAUAGAUUUGCCAGAAUUCUUAAAUUGUCAAAUUAUCCAAGCCCUGGGCACAAUAUUGAGCAGUUGGCAAAAAAUGGGAAAAUUUAUGUCCCAUUGCCAUACAUUGUCAAAGGGAUGGACAUGUCUUUUUCUGGAGUCUUGACACACAUUGAAGAUUUUGCUGCAACUUUACAAGAAUAUUCUAUAGAAGAUCUAUGUUUUUCACUGCAAGAAACUGUUUUUGCUAUGCUUGUUGAAACAACCGAGAGAGCAAUGGCGCAUUGUGGAUCGCAAGAAGUGUUGAUUUGCGGUGGCGUUGGAUGUAAUCUUCGACUUCAAGAAAUGAUGUCUGAAAUGUGCAAGGAACGAGGAGCUAAGGUUUUUGCAACGGAUGAAAGAUUUUGUAUAGACAACGGGGCCAUGAUAGCUCAUGCCGGAGCUGAAAUGUUUAGAGUUGGUGCCGUCACCUCUUGGAAGAACACAUUUUGCACGCAACGAUAUAGAACAGAUGAAGUGGAGGUAAAUUGGAGAGAUGAACAAUAAUAACUUUUAAAAUGGCUAAAUAAACUAGCUGCGUUAAUCAAA